AUGGAGUUUAAGGGUAAGAUGAAGACGGCUAAUGAGAUCUUCAAUCUCAGCAUCUCUAGAAAUGCAAAGCCUGUGGAGAAGUUGAAUGAUGCUUACAAGAAGUUCAUGGUUAGAACAAUGAGAAGGUCCAAAACAGUUGAUGAUGUAAGAAGUUUCUUCUAUACAGGAAGGCAUGCUUUAGGACCACAAGCCAAGAGAACAAAGCCGAAUCACUCAUCCAACGCACCGUUGGCUAUCUACAAGGACACUACAUCGGGGGAUCAAAUAGAGUCGAACAAGUCAAAACCAGAGUUUGGUUCCUGGCUUAUGCUUGGAGGUAGAGCGGAGAGAAACAAAGAGAACAAUGCCUUACCUGGAAAAUGGACAGCAUUCAAGAUUUUGCUUCUAUUUUAA